GCACCGUGUCGAAAGCUGAAAUCUCACUGCACUAAACGCGCGUGUUCUCACGGAUUCUUUUUCUGGUUGUUCCUGUUAAAGUUGCUGUACACAGACGCAGCACCCGGUUCGGCUGUUUCACCGCUGCUCAGCGACGGCGACGGUGCUCAAACGCUCCGAUUCCAAAUUGCUGACCCUAGUAUAUAUUUACUGUAUGUACUAUAUAUUUAUUACACCUCUUUUUUCUUUUCCUUAUCGAUACCUGAUGACCACCACGCUGUCGCGUUUUGCGCUCGUGGCUGCCACCGCCACGCUCUGCCUGUGCUGCGUCUACGCAUCCGCAAAGACGAACUUUGGCUACGCUGCCUGCGACCCCUCCGUCGUGCAGUCCAGCGGCUACAUCGACAUCCCCGGUGUGAGUGGGACACAGAAGCACUACUUCUACUGGCUUUUUGGUCCUCGUCGGUGGCCCACGGACGGCAGCCAACCGCCUGUGAUUAUGUGGAUGACGGGCGGAAGCUCGAGCUUUGGUAUGCUGGCUGAGCUUGGUCCUUGCCUGAUGAACGAGACCUCCGGUGAGCUGCACCGCAACGCGUACGGGUGGAACGACGAGGCGUACCUGCUGUUCGUGGACCAGCCGACGGGUGUGGGCUACUCCUACGGCGACAAGGCCAACUACGUGCACAACGAGAGCGGGGUGGCGGAGGACAUGUACCACUUCCUGCAGGGCUUUGCGAGGAAGUUCACGUCGCCCUCCAUCACCGGCGCGAACGACUUCUUCAUCGCAGGCGAGAGCUACGGAGGCCAUUACGUGCCUUCUGUUGCCUAUCGUGUGCUGCAGGGCAACCAGCGUGGUGACGGCCCGGUGAUCAACCUGAAGGGCAUUGCUGUGGGCAACGGUCUGACGGACCCGUACACCCAAUACCCUUCCUAUGUUGACAUCGCCUAUGACUGGUGUAAGAGAAGCACCGGCGCGCCUUGCGUGAACGCGACUACCCGCGACGAGAUGCUGUCGAUGAUGCCACACUGCCUUGAUCUGAUUGCGCAGUGCAACUCCUUCCCAGACGACACGGACGCGUCGUGCGGAGAGGCGAACACGUAUUGCCGCAGUGUUGCCGCGUACUACUCCGCUACCGGCAAGAACAACUACGAUGUCCGCAAACCGUGCGUUGGUGAGCUGUGCUACCCGAUCGACCACCUUUCGGACUUUUUACGCACUGCCGAUGUGAUGAGCGCGUUGGGUGCCAAACCAGAUUUGGUGUGGAACAGCAGCAGUGAUGUCGUGUCGGAGAUGUUCGCGCAUGACAUCCACCGCAACUUCAACUACACCGUUCCACCCCUGUUGGCGGCCGGCAUCCGUGUACUGAUCUACGCCGGUGAUUGCGACUUUAUCUGCAACUGGAUCGGCAACAAGGCGUGGGUGACGGCGCUGAACUGGCCUGGGAAGGCCGCCUUCAACGCCGCGUCGGACGUGGAGUUCCGCGUUGGGGGCCGCGCCGCUGGUCAGGAGCGGAAGUACGGCAACUUCAGCUUCGUGCGUGUGUACGAUGCGGGUCACAUGGUGCCGAUGGACCAGCCGGCGGCCGCCCUGUACAUGGUGUCGCAAUUCCUGCACGACAGGAGGCUUUCCAUGUAG